AUGGCCGAACCCACCGACACGUCGCGAGACACCACCGCCCCCGUCCGCGAAGACCCCUCGCGCGCGAAUCCGCCUAAGUCCCCGCCGACGCAUUCGCCGCACCCGCUCCAGGCCGCCGCCGUCAUCACGUCCCUUGAAUCCCGCCUCGCAGAAUCGGAAGCCCUGCGCCGCGACUCGGAGACACGCAUCCGCAAAUUGGAGCAGAUGGUGGAACGAUUGAUGAGAGAAUCCACCGCACCUGCUGGGGCGCAGGUCGGGGAGGCUCUGCCGGUGAGACCGGUCCCCCUGGACGUCCCCCCGCACACAUUUUUGGGACGCCCGGGAGCUGCCGCUGACCCCCUUGCUCGUACCCCUGGGGGGGAAUCUCACAGCGGAAUUAGGGACGGCCCUUCCUCGGCGGUGAUUAGCUCUCGUUGGAGAGGGACAUUGCCGGACCGGGAAGGGUUAUGGACCGGAGAUCAUCCGGAAAGGUUGGUGAUUUUCACUGCGUUUGGGGAGUCGUAUCUUUCUCUCUUGUGCGACAUCUCCACCUCCGACCUUUUCGACACGAGCCGAGUGAUCCAGCUUGUGGCGACGCUAUUUUUUCGUACGACAACCCGACAGCGCCGCCAAUCCCCGCUCGAUUGGGCCGUCGAGGCGAUGAGGGACGCGCUUGGAGAAGGGCGCCCUCAUUGUUGGACGUCGCUCAUGAAGGCAGUGGGACGUCGUUGGCCCGACCCCGGGUUCGCCGAUAGAGUGGCUCAAGACUUCCACGGAUGUCGCCAGUCGUCGUCUCGGGCUUACGACCAUGUCGGGGAGUGGCGGGCGCGGUACCGUGCCUUCGUGCACGACAACGAUAGUUUCACCCUGUCGCCGCUUCAGCUCGCCACGACCUUCUACCAAUCGCUCAGUGACUCCUCCAAGCGGGAAGUGCGGGCGGGAAUGUUACGUGAAUACCACGACAACUCGCUGGUGACAAUUGGGCGAUUCGGACUGAAGGUCCCGUCCAUCGACGAGAUUACCGAGUGGGCCGCUAUCGCCGACGACAUUUCUCCUCCGCCUUCGGUUCCGACCCCACCAAGCCGCACCGCGACCUAUGGCGCGAUCGUCAAAGCUCCCCGAGUGAGCCCACCUGCGACCAACACGCCCACCGUCGACGAGAGGUUCCCGAUCCGACGAGCUCGAUGGGUCGACCGCGCUACUAAGUGGCAGCAAUCGCACUUGUGGAAGGACCGCUCCACCUGGUUUUCCCCGGCGCCCAGCGGGGUACCCACCAGCAUGGCUUGCUUCAACUGCGGACGAGGCGGUCAUUUCUCGCAGCACUGCACCGCGGAGCGUCAAUCCCCGGUCGCCGUCCAACUCUCAGCGGUCGCUGUGGCCGACUUGGAUGACGAAGAUUGGUCCUCGGUCGCAGGUGGUGACGAGGAUCCCGAGGUGAGAGUCCCCAUUUCACUCGAGCGUGUUCAGACUCGACCUUUGAGUUCCGUUUCCGCUUCAAUGACGCGCCCUUCUUGCCCUCCCGCAGACCCCGUUGGCCGAAUGAAAGAAGGGGCUUCUUCUUCAGUCGACGUCGAAGUCUCAUCAAGUAAUCCGCAGCCAACCGCGCCGGCAAGUGAUGCAGAUCUACGUCGUCUUGCCGAUGACUCGACCGACUCUGCGUUUGACGCGGUGGAAGACGUCCCCUCUUAUGCUGAUGCCGCGUCGCGAAUGCGGCGAUACUGGGGGCCGGAGGUGGUGUCGUCGCGCAAAGCGGAGAGGACUGCAUCGGUGAGCUCUGUUCGUGUUCCGGUGCCGUUGGGGGUUUCUCUCUUGGAGUCCGACACGCCCCUGAUCGACGUCGACGACUUCGCCCGACCCGCCGAGCCCGCGAUUGUGCGCGCCCGCAAUAUUAUUGCGUGGACGUUGCCGUCUGGGCGAACGCUGCGUUGCCUCGUCGACUCUGGUUCGGAAGUGGACUUGGUGGAUCAGGAUGUCGUGCGAACAGACCCGAGUUUCACGACGUCCCGCCUUACCGCGCCGCUGCACUUGCGCCUCGGCACUCGCGACAAAUCUGACCGCUGCGCCGUGUUUGCCAACGCCCUCUUCACGUCCGGUUCCCUCGACCUCGGCUUGCGGGCGUUUUUCAUUUGCCGUGUGACGGCAUAUGAUGCUAUCCUGGGUUUGCCGUUUCUGAAGGACACCGGCAUGCUGGUAGGCUGGGGCGUCUUCACCGUCGCACGGCCGGGCCCUUCGCAGCCGGUCGCCAAGGGCACUCACGAGUGGGAUCGCGCAGUCACGGUGGCGCCCAUCUGCUCCGGCUCUGCCAUUGGCUACGAUCACCCAGGGUUGCUUCCUGACGACGAGAUCAUUGGCCUCGAGCCGCACAACCCUCUACUGGAUGUCGUCGACGACCCGGCGCUCGAGGAUUUGUCUGAGUCCGAAGCACGAACACGAUUGGCUGCCUUACUCGAGAAAUACUCUGAUGUGUUCGUAGAUUCGCUCCCAAUGGACCGACUCCCGCCUUAUCGACCCGUCAAUCACGAAAUCCCUUUGAUCGACCCCAACGAGAAGGUCAAGCCGAGGGUCUAUCCCCUUGCCGACAAAUAUCGUAGCCAGUGGGCGGAGCAUUCAGCUAAGUACACUCGCGGUCGCUUCUGGGUUUCUGGUCCGAUCGACUCUGCGGCUCCGGUCUUCGCCAUUCCGAAAAAGAACUCCCAGACCGCUCGCUUUGUGAUCGACCUCCGCGCUCGCAACAGCAACACCGCCAAGCGUUUUUCACCUAUCCCCGACAUGACCAGUGUUCGCUACGAAGUGGCACGUUCGCGCUACCGGUCCAAAUUCGACGUGGCCGCAGCGUUUGAGCAGGUGCGGGUCAUACCCGAGCACGUCGAUCGCACCGGCUUCGCCACGGUCACGGGCACGUACACGUCGCGGGUGAUGCAGUUUGGGGACACCAAUGCGCCCAACACCCUGAACUUGUUGACAUCGGCGAUGUUUCAGCCGUGCCUCUCGUUUGCCAAGAUCUUUUUCGACGAUGUUCACGUCCAUUCCGAUACUCGUCGCGCGCACUUAAGACACAUCGAGAUUUUGCUGAUGACACUGCGACAUUAUCGGUUCUACUUAGGAUCCAACAAAUCCGAGUGGUUCUCAAAGUCGUUAGAUUCCUUGGGCGCGAUCAUCUCCGACGACGGCAUCGAGGUCGACCCGGCCAAGUGGGAGCGUAUCCGACAGUGGCCGACUCCACACAACAAGACCGACGUUCAGCGUUUCCUCGGCACCGUGAAUUGGAUGCGAGAUCACCUGCCCCACCUCUCGAUCACCUUGGAGCCCAUCACCGCAUUAUUAGCGCAAUCGACGUCGUGGCGUUGGAACGAGCGCGAGCAGCAGGCCUUCGACACCGUCAAGUCCCUCGUGCCAGCAACACUGCGACCGAUCGACGGCGCUAAGGUCACCUCCGGCGAGCACAAAAUCUACUUGUUCACCGAUGCCAGUCGUGUUGGCAUUGGCGCUUGCCUGGCCUCGGGCCCCACUCGUUCGCAGGCCAUUCCUACGCGAUUCUUCUCCGCUAAGUUCAAUGGCGCUCAGCUCAAUUAUCACGUCACUGAUAAGGAGUUCUUAGCCGUCGUUUCGGCGUGUCGGGCGUUCGAGCAGCACUUGAUCGGUUACCCCUUCGUCAUCGUCACCGACCACCAAGCCCUUCGCACGAUUAAAACGCAGAAGUUACGCCAAACACCCCGGCACAUCCGCAUGUGUCUCGAACUCAGCCGUUUCGACUUCGAAUUCGAAUUCAUUGCGGGCAAGAACAACUCCCUUGCCGAUUCGUUGUCACGCUUGUGGGAAGUCAAGGAGGGAUCGCCCGAGGAUCAGGUCAAGGAGAAUGAGUUGGAGGAUAUGUUCUUUGAUGGAGAACGCCACGGAUUCACUACACACGGUGAGAGCCUCCCUGAGGAACGUCCUUACACCUCACCAUCUCCCGAUCGGUUGCCUCCUGUUGAUUUUGCCUUCGGGCCCCAACGCGACGAUUGCGAGGCAGGCUCUCCCGGAUACUACGCGCUCAAGGACGAAUCGCAAGACGAGGACGUGAAUGGACGGGAUUUAGGGAAUUUGUUCUUGAAGGAAGAAUGCCACGAGUUCACUACACCUGGUGAGAGCCUCCCUGAGGAACGUCCUUACACCUCACCUUCGCACGAUCGGUUGCCCCCUGUUGAUUGUGCCUUCGGGCCCUGGGAUCACGGCUACGACGCAGGCUCUCCCGGUUCCCAUCGUCUGGCCGAGAACAUUAUGUCAGGAGCACAGCCUGCACUGCCAUCAAUACUCGAAGGAAGUCUCCCAAGUUUGCGGCCGGAGUCGACAUCAGCUACCGGUUUGUUCGUUGCAAGCAUUGUCGGCGCGAUGGUGUAG